GAAGUUCUGCUCUGAGUCCCACCUGCAAACCUGGCUGAGCAAAGGCAGCAAAAUUGCUCAGCCCCCAGUGCCCAAAAUGAUACCCAGCUCCACACUGCCCACGUCUGGUGAGGCUGCCCAGAAUGGCGUUUGGUCUCAGAGCAAAAGGCCCUGGGGGCAAGUCCUCCCUGUGAGGAUGCGGCCACUUCCCUGUGGACAGAGGCCUGGGCUGCAGCAACCUUGGGGUCGCCUCCCAGGUGUCCGAGCAAGCCCGUGUUGGCCUUUUCUGCUGUUCAUCUUUGAGCAGAGUCGACAGAGCUUGCCAGCAAGUCGUGGUGGGCUUCCUGCCCCCUUGCUGGCCAGGUGGGGCAGCAGCUUCCGCUGCUCUGAUGCAGACUGGUGUGCAGCCUGCCCCCCUGACCCGGGCCCACUCCUGGGGUCCCACAGACAUUGCGGAGUGUGUCUUGGGGGGGGCUCACCACAUGCCAGGGGACUUGCUCCCCAGUUGGCCUGGGGCAAGAUAGUAAAGACCCCCUGGCAAAGACUGUGCAGCCCCAGGGCUCUCUCCCCCUUCCCAGAACCACCCACAAAGCCUUUCCGAGCACCAGGGAACUUGAGGCCUCACGCUCCUUCUCCCUCCCCAGGGAACUCGAGGCCUCACACUCCUUCUCCCUCCCCAGGGAACAUUUUUAACAGCUUCUGCCGGCCACGCCCCGUGUCCAUGUCCAGGUCAGUCCUGGAGGCCCUGACGUCCUCCACUGCCAUGCAGUGUGUCCCCUCUGACGGCUGUGCAAUGCUCCUGCGUGUACGCGCCUCCAUCACCCUGCAUGAGCGCCUGCGGGGCCUGGAGGCCUGUGCCAUGAGCCUGGACACCCAGGAGACGCAGUGUCAGAGCGUGUGGGUGGCCAGGGCCUCCCACCGGCAGCAGGGGGGGCAGCAGCUCCAAGUGCACUUUGGCUGCUUUGCGGUGAGCGUGGCCCAGCACCUCUAUGUCACCCUGAGGACCAUCCCUCAUUUCUGCGGGGUCCAGCUGGACCAGAGGCACCUCGUGGAAGACUGCGGAGAGGAGGACGUGGGGAGGAGCGUGCCCGACUGCCUCGCGGGAAAGCUCAGCUACCUUGUGGACCGGAGGCGCAAGGCGAUUCUGGUGCAGGUGCCCAGGGCCUCCGGGAGCCCCGACUACUACGUGCGGCUCUGCCUCAAGCGGUUCACCUGUGAGGACGCCGGCGCCCCUGUGCGAGUGACCGCCAACGGCGUCUCCCAGGCCGUCUCCCUGCCCUACAGCCAGGAGCUGCCGUGCCUGUGCCUGGAGGGCUGGUCUGCGACCCCUGACGCGGUACGGAUCCAGAUCUGCCCCUUUGAAAACGACACUGAGGCACUGGAGGUGCUGUGGGACACCGUCUACUACCACCCGGAGAGCCAGACACUGAGCUGGGAGCCCGCCUGCCCUGUGAGUGGCCAUGUGAGCCUGUGCUGGCGCCCAGGGCCCGGGGCCGGCUGCCGUAAGCUGCAGCAAUCCAGCCAGCUGGUGCAUCGCAGAGUGCAGUACCCGCUGGUGGACACCCAGCCCCAGCUCUGCCUGAAGUUCUCUACCAGUUGGGGGUCCUGGGUGCGGUGCCCUUUCGAACAGCGUCGCUUCCCAACCUGGAAAAUGACCAUCCAGCCUUCGCCCACAAAGGGCCACCUCCGGGUCACCUUCUUCUCGUCCAGCCCUGCCCACUUCCAGGUGCACCUGUGUCACAGGAGGAAGUCACAGCUCCCUGCCUGCCAACGCACACUCCAGGCCAGCCCGCUCCCUUCAGCCUCAGGUGACCCGGCAGCCGCCCCUGCCUUUGCCUUCCUAGACCUUCCCAGGGAGGAGGCCUGUGCCCCAGGCAUCUGCAUCCAGGGCUGGAGGACCGAUGUGCACUUCUCCGUCCCCCAGCAGCUCUGCAACCUCCGCUCCAGUGGGUGCCCAGCUCUCAGGGGCCGCAGGAGGCCGAGGACUAGACCCAGGCCUCCCACGGCAGGCUGGGCAUGGCGUGCACUGAACAGAAGACUGGGUGGGGGAAACGGGGAGACCAUCCGGCCCUGAGUCAGGUCAGGCUUCUGCGCCAAACCCAGGCCUGUGCCCAGCACUGCCCUCCAGCCUUGCAUUUCCCUCCACCACACACCGUUGGGCCUCCCGCAGGCCCACCCUGGUCUCACUGUCACUGGCCUUGCCUCCUCCUCCCUGGGGGUCCACCUUCCCUGAUCAGAGCUCUGGUUCCAACCACCAGUGACUUGGGAGGUCCCUUUGCCCACCAGCCACCGAGGCCCAGGCUCCCAGGACCCAGGGUACAUCAGGACAGGACUCUGCCCCGUGGACAGAACUAAGCACGUGUGGCCUGGGUGUGGUCAGGAGCGUGGCUCUGCCUUGGAAUCCAGGAAGGGUCAGAGCUGGCACUCCUACCUGCACCCCUCCCUGUGAGCUCAAGAGCUUGCCUAGCUUCGGGUGGGGUGAACCGCAACAGCCACAGAGGUGGGAGGGGUAGGAGGGGGUGGAUAGGACAGCCUGGCACCCAGAGCCUCUGGAGACCCUUUCCAGGGAGCACCAGUGGGCCAGGCAGGGGUCUCUGGAAUGUCUCCUCAGCUCAGCCGAGCCACAGCCAUUUCAGGGCAGCCUGCUGCCCACAGGACAUGCCCAGGGCCGUGGCAGGACCCGCAGACCUUCAGCUCCCCCUUCUCCCUGCAAGACUUUUUGGCCAAGCCUAGGUCCCCCUCCCUAGCAAAGAUCACCUCCAGCAGAUCACAGACUAAAGGGGCAAUGGCCACCUGCUGGUCAGGUGUCCCUGGGGCUGGCACCUGCCACUGUGGAGUGCCCAUGCUAUGCUGGGCAAGUCCACGGCCCCAGGGACAGGCCUGGAGGCAGCAGGAGGACUGGGCCUGGCUCAGGUGGGGGGAUCUGGGGGUCACACACACUGCUCUUGGGGCCAGGGUGGGCUCCUCCUUCACUUGUCUGCUGAGCCUCCCUGCAGAUGGGAGGCUGCUGUCCACAGCCACCGGCACCCCAGGACUGGGCAGCCCCCUCCCCUUCCCUCACGUCUCAGCCUCACACAGUGGGGGCAGGGCUGGGAGGGGGUGUCCCAGCCAGUACCACCCCUACGUCUCUUUCCAGCUGCACCCACCCACAUGGGAUGGCAGCCUGAGGCCAGGAAUCUCCUCACGAACAAGUAGGUGCCAGGGACACAUUGCUGGGGGGCAGGAGGCCAAGGCACAGCCUCGGAGAGCUGAGCCAGGCCCCCCUCUGAGAGUGCGGGGUGUUCUCACCUGACUGUGGGGCCCAGGCACCUGCUGGCUGUCCUGGGGCUACAGCUCCAUGGGGCCCUCAGGGGCUCUGGGUCACAUAAAAGACCUUCAGCCCUGUCCUGAGUCCCCUGGGAACAGCAGGACCUGGGUGGGCUACCCCUUCCCCGGAUGGCCCAGGUGCUGGACCCCAGCCUCCCUCUCAGACAAUUCAUGGUCAUGGCCACUGUCCCUGGCCCUGACGACAAGGCCCUGGCAGCUGCCUGGAGCUUCCCCAGUGCUCUGGGGUGCAGGGUGCAACCCCACCCUUCCUGUAGCUGACCAGGCCCGAGGUGGUCAAGGAUCACCCCAGUUUCUGCCCAGGGCACCCCACACUGGCUGGAGUCCACCUCUCCUGUCUGUGCAUCCUUGGGUGCUGAGCUUCACUGGGGCACCCGCCCCACUCGGACCCCUCCAGAGGGUCUCAGCUUCCCCAGAUCCCAGCCCCACUCACCCAGCAACGGUCAGUCACUUCCUGUGGUCUCAGAGGCCACCUGCCUGGGGGCCACCUGCUGGGAUGUGCGGUUCUCAGACAUUCCAAGUGGCACAUCCAGGUCCCAGCCAGGGGUGCCCAGCAGUGGCCUGUGCAGUGGGCCAUGGGGUCGGCCCUUGAAGACCUCUCGUGCGGGUCACGUAGGCUCCCCGGCUUCCCCGCUGAGCCACCCUCUGGAGCCUGGACAUCGUCUCACCUGAGUGCUGUGCAGGACCACGUGCCCGGCCUGUCCCGGCGGUGGUCACACCCCAUCUGCAGAUGCACCCCCACCGCAGUGUGGGCCCAGGCUGCCCUCUUCUAGCUGGCUGUGGGCCGCUGGGCCUUCUUUUCCCUUCUGCAACGGAGGCUGCUAUGCCCCACAGACUGGAGAGGGGGCUGCAGAGCGAGUAAGUCCCCGCCACUCAGUAAACACUGGUCCAGGAGUAGCUGUU